UCCCAUCUCGUACAUUACAUUACACAAUGCCUCACUCCAAGUUUAUAGCUGUGCUGCUGUACGUCCCCGACGGCGUCAGUCGGAUGAAUGUUGCAUCCAAAUGAAUGAAUGAGGCUCAAUUGAUCACACACGUUCCGUCCCUCACACCACUUUGCACCGUGCUGUCCAUUUAAGCGAGUGCAUCGUGAUCGAGCAGCUUAGCUAUCACUGUCUUUCAGUGGACGCUGGGAGCUGACAAUCGAUUGAUCAUCAUGGCAAGUUGCGCAGUUGGUGGCGCCAGUGGUGCAAGUGGAGUGAGAUCCAAGGCUCCGUGGCGCCGGAACUUGAAGUUUGCAAUGCUCCUCAUCACGAUUCUUCUCCUGCUCAUGAGCAUCGUUCAUGUUUUGGUGCAGCCGUCCGUCUACUUCCAUGAGAAGGUUGGAUCGCAUCACCUGCCGCAUCUGGCGGCGUAUGGUGGCGUCAAGGCGUUCAUAGUCUGCCCUCAAGAAACAAAACUACACUCUCAUGAACACGGUGGACGCUCCAGUGAAACCUUCAACACGCUGUCGGCGAGAUGCGCAGCACUUUCUCGGACUUUGCAAACUUCCAAAAACAUCAUUAACAAGAUUCUUCUCGUCAACACCGAGCACAUCGAUGUGGGCACGAAGUUUGCAGAUAUAGGCGACUCUCUCGAUAAGAUUGAAAUCUUGACAGCACUUCAAACUCAAUUCAAUGUCACACUAAGUGAAGACAUUGUACCCAAGAUAUCCACAGUCGGAGAAGUUGUUGCUCUUAUCGAACAGUUAAGGUAUAACAAGAUCUCCAGGGCCAACACCUAAUGCAUGUAUCGUACCUGGAAGCAGUUCCGAUUCGAUUUCCUUCAGUUGCCAAAUUUUGGAAUUGUUUGGGCUGUUCUACACAAACUGAAGUCCAAUAAUAUUUAAAGCCUUUUCAUAUGUUGGACAGAUCUUUAGCUUAGGAAGCUGUUCUCGUUCUAGGGACCUUUGUUUUCCUCGUUCAAUCUGUACAGAUUACCCGAUAACCUUUGAUUUGAUGUGAACUCGUCACAAAAAGGAAAUAUUUAAGUGAUUCAACCUCAAGUGAUUUAAGUGAUUUCUCAAGAUUCUCCAUUCUGAAAAUCCAUCCAUGCGUAUAACAGGAUGUGCUAGACGUCUGCUACC